ACAACUGGGUGCAGACAGAAGAGCCUGGAGACAGAGGAAACCUAAACUUUCUUCCUUCCUAGCCGCCCUCCACCAUGAAGAAGGAAAUAUUAACCCUGGCCUUUGCUCGAUCCGUCUUUGUUGAGUUUAUCUCCACGCUCAUCUUCGUCUUCAUCGGCCUCGGCUCAGCCCUGAAGUGGCCGUCCGCCCUCCCCAGCAUCCUUCAGAUCGCGCUGGCAUUUGGCCUGGCCAUCGGUACGUUGGUGCAGGCGUUUGGCCACAUCAGCGGAGCCCACAUCAACCCAGCGGUGACCAUCGCCUUCUUUGUCGGGAACCAGAUCUCCUUCCUCCGGACGCUCUUCUACGUGAUCGCCCAACUGGUCGGGGCCAUCGCCGGGGCUGGCAUCCUCUAUGGCGUGACACCGGUCAAUACCCGUGGCAACCUGGCCAUCAACGCGCUCAACAACAACACGACCCCAGGCCAGGCCCUUGUGGUGGAGAUCAUCCUCACCUUCCAGCUGGCCGCGUGCAUCUUUGCGUCCACGGACAACCGGAGGAAUGGCAACGUGGGCUCCCCAGCACUGUCCAUUGGCCUCUCCGUUGCUGUAGGCCACUUGGUGGGGAUCUACUUCACCGGCUGCUCCAUGAAUCCAGCCCGGUCCUUUGGGCCUGCGGUCAUCGUGAGGAGGUUCAGCCCAGCACAUUGGGUGUUCUGGGUUGGACCCAUCCUCGGGGCUUGCUUGGCCUCUCUGCUCUACUUCUACAUCCUCGUCCCCUACUGCAUGAACAUGUCAGAUAGGAUUGCCAUCAUCAAGGGCACCUACGAGUCAGAGGAGGAGUGGGAAGAGCAGAGAGAGGAGAGGAAGAAGUCCAUGGAGUUGACUCCACCGUAGGAACAGUUGGAAAAAGCCAAGCAAAAGGAGGGGAGGAAGCCCCGCACAUGGGCUCAUGUGUGCACCAAAGCCAGAUAAUGAACACAUCCAGCUACAGUAGACUCUUAAGCAAAAGUCUUAUAACUCAAAGACCAUCUGUGAUUAAGAAAGAAAGGAGUAUUGAAGUGUCUGUGUAUAUAAUCCCUCUAUGUGAAUGCGAGCGCUAGAACCUCUCCUAGCUUAACUGCAGCCAGCUAAGCCCAGCAAAGGAGUCUCAGCCCAGGGCAGCCUCUCAGCUGCGGUUUUACACCCACUCGGCUGCAUCCCUGCCCCCCUAGGUGUGAGUUUUGCACAAUUUUCAGAGGCCUGAGACCGCACGUUCUGGCACACACAGGAUUUCACCCCUGCAUCUGAUUGCCCAGGGGAGGGAAAUACCAUGUAGAUACCAGCAAAGAAGAAUGACCGCUUUGGGCAUGUGGGUGCAGCAAAAUCCCCAGCUUUCUUUCUGCCACAGGGCCCACGCUGCUCAUAGAUGCUCUUUCAUGCAUUAACUGGUGCUGGUGAGUUCUAUUUAUUCACGGCUGCAGAAAAAAACCCCGUGAUUUUUUUGAUUUUGUGUUGAGAUCUUUGUAAUAUAGUAUAUUAUUUAUUGUGAAUAAAGGAAAUUGUAAAAAAGUCAUGGGCACAAA